AUGUCAAGCUCCAACACCAACGGCCUGGCUACUGGCCCUCAAUCAGCACCAUCCAAUACUCAUUCCAGAGCAGUCCCUCAUUAUCCUUUGCCUCUCCCAACCCCAGAACAAAAUGCAGGUUCCGGGGCCUUGAGGCCAGCACUGAAUCCCACGAACCCAGAAGCAGCUUCAACUUCCGGGACUAUGCAGCCAAAUUCAGCAUCUAUAACUACAAGCACAAACUUAGGCCCCGGAUUCUCAAGCUCAAAUCCAGGUGGCAGUGCCGUACAACCAAGUGCAAAUCCUACGGCACGCCGAUCUUAUACGCCCCAAGCCUGGCCAAAGCAAUUCGGGAGAAGAGGUAUAUGGAAAAACAGGACUGUAGCCGCGUGUACGAAGCCCUCCCCGAAUGCCCUACAGAAAUCGGACCCGUUCAUGGGUUGUCCAUCAUGGGGCUCUGACUACGCUCGCCAAGCCAGAGCAGCAGUGAAGAGCAUACAGCGAGUGGAAAAGGCCAGGAAGUACUUCCAAAAACCCAAGUACUUGGCGAAGCCUGCAGAGAACUUACCAAACUUCCUCGCCACGAAUUCUCUGGCAACUGCACAGCAGACCACAAAAGCUACAGCGGACAGCUUCUGGUACGGCGACCCCGUGCCAAUGAGCCAGCGGUACACCGGCCAUCAGUACUGGGAACAAAUCCAUAGUUGUCGGAAGCCUUACCCGCCAGCAGAAGCAGCUGCAAGUGCCCAGUCUUUGGAGUACAUCCACCCGCGCAAGGCCAUAUGCAAGGCUUGUGGACACAAGGCAUAUCGCAGGACCGGACGUGGCUACUAG